AGGAAAAAAAACACCGUAGCACGCGAGGUAGAAAGCGGCGCCCCAAUCCACAGCCCCGCACCCCUCGCUCCUCCCUCCCUCCCUCCCUCCCUCGUCCUCACCCGCCGCCGCUCCCUCCAACCACCUCCUCCUCCUUCCGAUGGGUCGCCGGAUCCGUCGGCCACCCCAUGGACUUCGCCUCGAACGCGGGCUGGGAGAGAGAGCGCGGGCGGGCGGUAGAGGAGGGUGGCGGGCGCCGACGUCGCAGUCGAGGGGGAGCAGGGCUGCCGGAGCUCGCACGGAUGCGCAGUCGGAGGGACGACUGGAGGAGAGUAGGAGGUAGGUACGCUGGGACAGGGUGAUGUCGCCGGCGACGGCAGGGCCAGUCGGCCGGAGCUGGAUUGAUCCGGAGGCGCUCAGCAAGAGAGGCGGACAGCGGACCGAUGGAGAAGGGAUCGGCAUCGGGCAGCUCGAAGACCCAAAACGGCUGCCUCAUCAUCUACCUCACCGUCUCUCCUCCAGUACGCGGAUGCUCUGCUCGACCUCUUCCUCGUCAUGGCUGCUCAACAAAAUAAGCAGGAGCAGCCGGUGCAGCCGAGCGUCUGCCUUAGGCUUCAGCAGGACAUGGCGUUCAACGGUGGAUGCAGGCGGCCUAUGCCAAGCUGGUGCGGGCGGGCUGCUGUCGUUCAUCUACCCCACGCUGCAGCUGCUGCGGCACGGCGUCCGGCUAUUCGGCGACCAGGACCUGCAGAGCAAGGUUGGCCUGCUCAUCGACUAUGCUGGGGAUCAGGAUCUAAUCUCUCCCAUGGCGGUCGGCGGCGCUCUGGCCGUGGAGGCCUGCUCCUCAUGCUCCUCCUCUGGAUCUAAUUCUUGAUUCUUGCGUCGGUCUGAACUGUGCGAUUUACGUUUCGUCAGAGGUCUGUUCUUGGGAUUCUGGUGCUGUUGAUCUCGUCAAGGGCCUCAUCUGCUUUCUUUCAUCUUGUGAAGGUGAUUAUUAUUGGGUUUCUUUUCUACGGUUGGUGUCAGCAGUCAGCUCAUCUCCUGGUUCAUCGUCCAGUAUUUGCACUCCUCUGAUCAACUUGCUAAGGAUUUCCUAAUGGAUCCUGUACACAUUCCACCAAGGGUUAUUUUGGAUGCUAUGCUGAACACACUCUAUAGCUCCCAAAAGCUGUGUACUACACCCAGCCUACAGGAGACAUUGGUAUAGAGACUGAUUGAGUAUUAUCCAUCUCUGCAGCACUUGCCAAAGAGCACUGUCAAGAGAUUUGUUUGUCAGUCUGAGUCAUCUUGCUACUUUUGCAGGUUUAUUUGCAUAUGAAAUCACCAGAAUUUUCGCCAUGGCUCUGGUUCUUGACAUGGUGCUUAAAAGCACUCAUCCCAUCCUGAUUAUUCGCAUACAGUUUUUUGUUUUUGUUUUUACUGAUUCACUUCUAUCGACAUUUUUUAUGUCCCUUUUUAUGACCAGCUUGGCCAUUUGGUCUGGAUGGAGUCAUUCAACAAAGAAUUUGAGAAUGCUUUAUCUUUCAU